CUGCUGACUGGGAAGCCCUUAGUGUGGAGCUGCCAACGCCCGGUGUUGAGACCCAAAUAGAAAAUACGGUACGGAAAAUUAUAAAUACCCACAUAUAGUGUUUAAGGUCUUGAAUGAGUAGAAUAGACUGUAAACCACAGCUAUGCAGACCAUCAAGUGUGUUGUAGUCGGUGACGGUGCUGUGGGUAAAACCUGCCUGCUCAUCUCCUACACUACAAACAAGUUUCCCUCCGAAUAUGUACCUACGGUGUUUGACAACUAUGCUGUAACUGUAAUGAUCGGUGGGGAACCCUAUACCUUGGGAUUGUUUGACACAGCAGGUCAAGAAGACUACGACAGGUUACGUCCUUUGAGUUAUCCCCAGACAGAUGUCUUCCUCGUCUGUUUUUCAGUUGUGUCCCCUUCCUCCUUUGAAAAUGUCAAAGAAAAGUGGGUUCCUGAGAUUACCCACCACUGUCCAAAGACGCCCUUCCUUCUAGUCGGGACGCAGAUCGACUUGAGGGACGACCCGUCCACUAUAGAGAAGCUGGCCAAGAACAAGCAGAAGCCCAUCACCCCAGAGACGGCAGAGAAGCUGGCAAGAGACCUCAAGGCAGUUAAAUAUGUGGAGUGCUCAGCCCUCACACAGCGAGGACUGAAGAAUGUUUUUGAUGAAGCUAUCCUAGCUGCCCUAGAGCCACCUGAGACUCAGAGAAAGCGGAAGUGCUGUGUGUUUUAAUCUCUCUGGGCCACUGCUCUCGUCUUUUCCUCUUCUGGUUGCCGUUAGUUACCGCCUCUCUACAUUCCUCAUCCCGCCUUCUCUCUCUUCUAUUGUUCAUCAUGUAUUCUCAGAUAGUGCAGCGUUGCUAAUGUUUGUUCAUCGGCAUGUUGGGCUGACGUUGGCCCUUUCCUUGUUUGUCAGCUUGAGCUUUUGCGUCAGCUGGUUCUAAUUAAGGUCAGAAGGAUGUCUUGCUGGGUCAGAAUGGAACAGGAUGCAACACUUUCUGUUUCUAACGGAGGUGUUCUGAGAAGUCAGCUGCCGAUGGGAUGGUUCUGAACUCCGAGGUCACAGCAACGGCAAAACUCUUGUGUGGAGGUUGUUGCUGGCAAAAGAAGACCUUAAGUUAGCUUUCUUCACCAUCAAUAAAUUUCCACCAAUACUCUUUUUUUAUUUUCAUGCAUUUGAAAGUAUUGGUUUAGGAAAUGUUGAUGGAAAUGUUACAAAUUUGAAAUAACUUCAAUUCUGCAAAAAUGUUUUCCUGUUCCGUUAAGAUGGUUUUUGGCUAUUCUGAAGUUAGUAUUAGAGUAGAGUAUUAAUGCGCUAAAGUGGAGAUGAAAAGACAUUUACAGAAAAUGUUCUGAUGAGGCAAAUGUUUACCUCACCUGACUGAUGAGCUGUUUCCACUUAGACUCAUUAGAAAUGUGUUUCUUUCUCUACGUCGCCAACACUAGCUGACAAGUAAAGAACAAGAACUUCUUACCUGAUAGCAACACGUUCCUGAAAACCUCUCCAUUUUUCUGAGAUGUGUGAUCCAUUCUAGUUUCUACUUCCUAUUUGUAACGUCAACAUGUGACUAACUUCACGUUUUGAUUUGUUCGCUCCGAGCCAGUAAAUAAAUAGAAACAGAAACCUAAUUCAGAUUUUCCUUUUCUUUGUGGCAUUUCAAAAGUUGGCUCAAAAUUUCCUUGACAGUUGGAUGGAAACAUAGCCAGUGACGUAUUCAUAAUGAAACAGAAGCAAGCGUGUAGAUGUAAGGAAGUUUAAAUAUCUGUGGUUCACUCAGGCUUCCAGAGAGAACGCAGACUUUAAGCGGAUAACAGGAAGGUUUCUAAACUUUGAACCUCCAUUAUGAAACAAGCUGGAUUUGGAAAUCUUCUCCUAAUACUAUUGAUUAAAGGGGAAGGCUGGAAAAUAGAGGUUUUGAAUGUUGCCUUCUACCUUUUUGUAGUUUGGGAAGAGAAAUCACAGUGAGCUAAAAUCUGUCAAUAUGCCCAAGCUUCACAAAAACACAAUGUUGCUGUUUCAACCUAAAGGUUUCAUGAAGUCUGUGGUUGCAGGACUAGACUUUAAACCACUCAACACUUAGUGUUCUGAUAGUGUUGGGUACAGUUUGAAAAGUAUAAAGCAUAAAUGAACUUGUUCUCUGGAGCUUCUUUCUCUCUCUGUCUGGGCGAUCAAUCCUCACAGGACUGAGCUUCUGAUGUCAGAUCACACACACACACACACACACACACACACACACACACACACACACACACACACACACACACACACACGUUCACCAUGUGAACUUAGCUCAACACUACUGUUUCUACACAAAACACUUUUUGUUAUUUUUUUAUGUCGUAUUUUCAGUUGUCCAGGGGGGAGAGUGGAUCUGCAGCCAUUUUUCCUUUGCGUUGCACUGAUUCAGGAGUUUUUCUGUUUCCUCCACUUGCUUGUCUCACUGCCUCUGAUCGUAGCAGCAGUCAGAUCAGCCUCUCCCACAUCUCGAUACACUUCUGAGUUGAUCAAAUGAUUUGCAACUAUCUGUAUUAUUUUUCUGUUUUUUUUCCCCAAACUCCCUGCAUUUGCUAAGUUAGUGUCUUACAAAAGUAUAUGCAACCCCUGUUUAUGUUUUUAUUUUAUUGUUUUUACAUUUUAUACCAUUAUAACCACAAACUUCAAUGCAUUUAUUAGAAUUUUAUGUGAUGGACCAUCAGAGUUGAGUAUUGGUGUGAGCUGUAAAGAAGACAGGUUUCCAAACUGGGACAGAGUUCAGGUUACAGCUACAGCUCUUUAUUUGUCUCAACUGAAAAUGAUGCCAACUCAUCUUUUUUCCAGUGUUUCCUCAGAUUCUAAAUAUGAUUUCUGACUGGACUUUGACGGGUCUAUUCUAAAGUAUGAAUAAACUUUGGCCUCAAGUAUUUAAUUUUAGCUCCAGCUGAAUGUUUCUGGUGGUCUUACAGGGAGUCUGUUGAUGCUUUUGUCAGCUUUUCUUCCUGGAAUGCUGGAAUAUUUAGCUUCAUCCAACUGAAUGCUGCCAACCAGCUUCCACAUGGCAGCAGCGUUCCAUUUUUUCAUAGAAGCCAUAACCGUUUAUCUGACGUCACAAGUAUACCACGAUGAUUUUGAUUCAAUUUAAUUCACAAAUCUGCAAUAUGUGUCCAUCUGACAUAAUCAUUUCCAAUCCAACUUUAUUUAUAAAGCACUUUA